UUCCAGCAUUUUUUCAGAUUGAUUUUUUAAUAUUUCCAUUAUUUUAUAAUUUUUUUCUGGACAAGAAAAUAAUGUUUUUGCCCAAGUUAACAAUAGAGGGAGUCCUUGGAUUUAAUUUUAAAAAAUUCCAAAAAAUUAUAAAAAUAUCCAUUUUGGUUAUUUUACUUCUUGAAUGUUUUGUUAAUUAUUCCCAAGCAAGAUACAAGCGUUUUAUAAAAGAAGAAAAUUCAAAAUUGAUAAAUAAUGAGGAAUAUUUAAUACAAACUUGUGUGGCUUAUUGUGAUGCGCAAUUUGGGAGAGAAUUUGAGGAACAUUUUGGACGUAGCUAUUUCACUCAAUUCUUUGAUUUUCCAAUUGAUUCAUUAAUUGUAUCUUCCAUCAGCAAUUUCAAUUCUUUUUGUUCUCUAGUUGAACAGAGAAGUUGUUGUCUUCAACAAGAAUGUCUUAAAUCUUCUGUGCCAGCUUCACCCCAAACACAUAUUUGUUUGGAGCAUAGAGCUGAUUUUGAAAGGGCGUUGGCCUGUUUAAAUUCCACCGUCCCCCACUUCAAAUUUCAUUCAAUCUGUUCAACAGCAGCAAAACAAAGUGUGAACAUUAAAAGGCUGGCAGAUGAGACUCGCGGAUUUGACAUUCAUUUAACAGAACAAUAUCGACAACAGGAUCUUCGUUGCCGUUUUCAAGCUUGUACACUUUCGGCUAGGGUACCCUUUUGUCUAUUUUUCCCCAUUGUACCAUUUUGUCGUGUCCAAAAAUCAAGGAAAUUUCAGAUAAUGCUAAUCAACGAGCACUGCAAUCAAAACGGUAUUGGAGAGGAUCAAAGAGAACACGCUCGUCGGACUGUUAGGCGCUACUAUGAGGAUGAUUUAGAGCUUGAUUUGAUUGAAUAUGGAGAAACACUGAACGCUACAAGACGUUUCCCUCGUUUUUGUGCUGCUUUUUUGGCACAGCAAAAAGUCGGAGAUGAAUUUAAAUUUGUUUUUUGCCACUCGCGACAAAACGGAAGUCGCGACAAGAUGAUACAAAGGUCGUUUGUACCAUUUUGUCGCAACAAAUAG